AUGCAGGACAUUUUAAACAACAACAACGUCAAAGAGAUAUCAUUCAUCGAGCAAGAUAAUAGAGGAUUCGAUGAAGCAUUCUGGAUCAAGAACAAGGACUUCUUUGAUGAGAUGUCUGCACGAUCAGUUGAAAUGAAGUACACAGUCUCUCAUAGCAUUACUAUACCGAUACGCAAUGUGCCUCUGACCAGUAUGACCUUGUUAAUAGACAGGGCUGUCAUCCAAUUCGACUACCUUCCAAAAAGUCUAAACAACUUAUCCAUUGCCAUAAGACAUAGAAACCUUGUGACAUCACUGGUUGGAUUGCCCGACGGUCUGACAUCUCUCAAAUUCUUGUUUGCUGGAUGGAGUCACCCGAUUGCACCCGGGUCAUUGCCAUCACGACUCAAGACUCUUGAUCUCGGAAGUACUUACAACUAUCCGAUCGAAGUCGGUUCAUUGCCUGCAACCCUGGAGAUUGUCAACUUUGGUGGAUCAUUCAAUCAGCCACUCACCAACCUACCAAGGAGUGUUACCAAACUGCAUCUAUGUGCAAAGUAUAAACAUCCGAUCGGCAACAAUCAUUUGGAGUACCUAGAUCACAUGGGACCGGCAUCGUUCACCCCUGGAGUGAUCUUCCCCGCACUUACAUACCUUAAUACACAUUCCAAACAUGAUCAGUGGCCACUGAUCACGUCGUCAACAUUCCCCAAUCUCUCAACAAUCUAUGUUUACACAAAGUCGGAAUGGAGUGAGCCCUUGGACCUCUCAACAAUGGCAUCAUCAUUGAGAAUCAUGUUCAUUUCUGCCAAGGGACCAAUAUCAUCCUUCCCUCAGGGUCUUGAGAGACUACAGGUCUUUAGCAGCUCAUUGUUCAGAUUGACCAACCAUAACAACAACCAGUUGCCUCGAUCCCUUCUAUCACUAACAAUCUUGGAAUACCAAUACGAGUUGGAAGCCGGUCACUUCCCACCAACAUUAACAUCGCUUUCAAUGUUCGAGCAUCAACAGCUGCCACUCAAGGACCAACUACCACUACUCUCACUCAAAUCAUUAUCCAUCGGACUCGGUAAAGAGUAUGACAUUAUUACCAUUGGCCGUUUUGAAUCGAUAUUGGCGACAACAUCUUUGGAGAGCAUCGAGCUAGUGGCCUCCACGAGAUUCAACCUUCAUCUAUAUCGAAUCACAGACAACAUCUUCCUCAAGCAUUCAGGUAGCUCCAUACUCUUUGAGAUCAAUGAAUUUGGAUUCAUCAACAGUAAUACCAUCAUGCACUUUUUGACCAAAUGA